CUGAGGGAGUGUGGAGUCCUGACAUUGAGCAGAGUUUCCAGGAAGCGUUGGCUAUAUAUCCACCCUGUGGGCGACGGAAGAUUAUCCUGUCUGAUGAGGGCAAGAUGUAUGGCCGCAAUGAGUUGAUAGCGAGAUACAUCAAACUGCGGACUGGCAAAACACGAACAAGGAAGCAGGUGUCUAGUCACAUACAGGUGUUAGCCAGGAAGAAAGUGCGAGAAUACCAAGCAAGCAUCAAGGUGUCUAGUCAUAUGCAGGUUCUUGCCCGAAGGAAAGCUCGUGAGAUUCAGUCCAAGCUGAAGGAUCAAGCCUCAAAAGACAAAGCCCUGCAGAAUAUGGCCGCCAUGUCUUCAGCACAGAUCGUUUCAGCGACUGCAAUGCAGAACAAAUUGGGGAUAACGCCCAUCCCCCAAGCUCCCUACCCAGCAGCAGCCAGGUUUUGGUCUGGUUCCCUUUCUGGACAGCCCGGGUCCUCUCAAGACAACAUCCCAGAGCUGGCAGGCUGUGUAUGGCGGUCCCAAGACAAAUGGAGCAGCACACCCACUGAGGGUCCCAGUGUGAAGCCAUUCGCCCAACCAUCAUACCCCAUUCAGCCAGCAGUACCACCGUCUAUCGCAAGCUAUGAACCAUUGGGGCCUCUCUCACCUCCUGCUACUAUCCCAGUGUGGCAGGACCGAACUAUCGCCUCGACUAAACUCAGAUUGCUGGAGUACUCUGCUUUUGUGGAGGUGCAGAGAGACCCAGACACGUAUAACAAACACCUCUUCGUACACAUUGGUCAGACAAACCCAUCCUACAGCGACCCGUUACUGGAGGCCGUGGAUAUCCGUCAGAUCUACGACAAAUUUCCGGAGAAGAAGGGCGGGUUGAAGGAGUUGUUUGAGAAAGGACCACAGAAUGCCUUUUUCUUAGUAAAGUUCUGGGCGGACCUGAACAGCAACAUCCAGGAUGGGCCUGGAGCUUUCUACGGAGUCAGUAGCCAGUACACGAACUCUGAGAACAUGACCAUCACCUGCUCCACUAAGGUCUGCUCUUUCGGAAAACAAGUCGUGGAGAAGGUGGAGACAGAAUAUGCCAGGCUGGAGAAUGGGAGGUUUCUGUAUCGGAUCCACCGCUCCCCGAUGUGUGAAUACAUGAUCAAUUUCAUCCACAAACUCAAGCAUUUACCAGAGAAGUACAUGAUGAAUAGUGUGCUAGAGAACUUCACUAUCCUGCAGGUUGUGACCAACCGGGACACCCAGGAGACCCUGCUGUGUAUAGCGUUUGUAUUUGAAGUGUCGACAAGCGAACACGGUGCACAACAUCACGUUUACCGGCUGGUGAAGGACUAGGAGCUCACUCCCCCCACCCCAAAACCUCCCCUACACAGAGGGUGCUACAGCCUGCCAUUUAUCUACACACCUUGGUGCCUGCUCAUUUUUACCAAACACAAAAAAAAAUCUAUUUUUCACAGAAAUACAGAUAUUUUUACAUUCGAACAAAUGUAAAAAAAAGCGCAAAAAAAAAUGAACUGUUGUGAAGUCAAAAGAACAAUAUUCUGCACUACUUCUGUGAGGGUCGUGUAUGUGUGUGUGUGUUUUAAUUUCCUCUCUCCAGAACUUGAGCUCAGUGAGAGGUAAUGGUACAGUUUUUCUUCCUUUUUUUUAUAAAAAGAAUAAUAUUUACACUUCAGGGAUAGUAUGCAUUGGAUAAGGAUCACUUUCAGAAAGUAAGUGUUAAUGGGGGCUUGUAUGUAGGAACGUUGCCUUCUUACACAUAGUUGUUGGAGGGAGGGGGAGCAGAGAGUAAAAAGCCUCUAUUUUGUUUGCUUGCGGUCACAAAAUGGCAUCCGUGCUUUUGUAGUCAUUGCCGUCUAUCAAGAUGCUUGAUGGAAGUUUGGUAUCAUCACCCCUUCGAUUUCUCAAUACAAUUCUGUGUGGGUGACAGGAGAGGCAGUUGACUUGGGUCGAAGUUCCAGGAUAUAAGGAGUUAAUUCGAAGGCUCCCUUCACAGUUUGCAUUUCUCCUUUCUGACAGAUGUGGUUGCAUCAUAAAAGGUAAGCACAAUAGAUUUCAAAGAGGUGCUCAUUAAAGCGGAGGCUGGUAUUAUAAAGGACAGAUUUCCACUGGCCCCAUUUCCUUCAGAUUUCUAUUUCACAUGAAACUAUUGGUUUGUUUGUCCACCUAGUAUUUGUAAGCUUAAAAUGCAAAAGCGGGACAACUUUCCCCCACCUGAUACUCCCCUCUGAGGGCAGUCAUUCAGUUCCAUAGACAUCAGCUGCCCACCUUGCAUUGUCCAUUUUUGCUCUUACAGUGUGAACAAUAGCACAUUUUCAACCAUACUACAACAGGAAAUCCAGUUGAGAGAUUAUAAUCAACUCUGCAAAGCAAUUUGACACUUUGUGGUAGCUGUAACUAACUUUGGGUACAUCAAAGCAAAAUGAUGAAACCCAGGAAAGGUGUAUUUAUAGAUAUAUUACCUGUCUCAGUUUUGGCCAAUAUUUUCAAAGCAAACAUGUGCCUCAGAGAUAAGGCACUUCCCGUUGAGUGAGUUUGUGUGUAGUAGCUAAAGAGAGACUGCUGUUCUGAACUAAUGUGACUGGUCCUGCCUUUACCCUAGCUCAUGAAAUAAUACCGAGGGCAUGAGAGCUUUGCAUGUUAGAUUACACAAAGUCAAAACGUUCUGUUCUGGAUUACUUACUGUGAUGAUUCAGCCACUGAAAGAUAGGAAGGGCCUGCAUUUAUAUGGUGUUUUUCAUAUCUUUAGAAUCCCAAUGCAAUUUCCAGCCAAUAACAUAAUUUUGAAGUGCAAUCCCUGUUGUAAUACAGGGAAUGUGGCAGCCAAUCUACACACAGCAAAUAAACACAGCAAUGUGAUAAUGAGCAAAUCACCUAUUGAGUUGGCAGAUUGGUAGAUCAUUAUGAUUGGGGCUCUAUUGACAGUGGGUAAGGUGGAUUGAUGUUUGAGCUGAGCAUUGGAUAGGUACUUAUUGGAAAGAAUGGAAGGAGUGCCUCCCGAAUGCCAUUAAAUGUCUAUACUGUCCCUUAGGGAUUCCAGUUGUCUGGAGAGGUUGUUGGAGUGUGAUCAGGAUCUGUUCUGCCCACUGAGUUCACCUUAUGUUGUUGCAAGGGAACAACAGGUUCAAACAUUCAUGUAUUUGAAGAGAAGCUAUGAGGGGCUUGUAAUGUACCAGCCAUUAGGGCUGGAGACCACACUGGAAUGUGGCAGAGGCGUAGGAGUAGGAGAUGAGUGAAGGGAAACUGAGGAAUUUCAGGAGCUAUCUAACUUGUCUCCCCUCUUCGUCUCGAAACAACCUCAGUUUCUAACGGAGAGAUGGAUUGAAUCUGAGUAGGAGUUUACAGUCCUGACUUGACCGCUUAGUUUCAAUGAAUGGGAUGGUGUGUAGGGAUUGUUGAUUUGGUGAAAGAGGCUUGAAUGUUACAGUCAACACUUCAUUGUCCGGUAUGUUUUGACUGAGGAGAAAGUGGCUUUCCUACUCUAGUUCCGUCCCACAUUUUCAAAUCCAGUCGGAGAAAGCACCUGGGGGAUUAACAGUCAAAUAAUUUGCUGGUAUCUGAAUUAAAAGGACACACAGUUGGGGUUACGUGGCUAAUUCCUUUGACCAUCACCUCAUGGGCGACCUCUGAAAGUGACUGUCAGUUUUCACCAGCUGGGCCCAGUCCUGCCUUCAACUUCCAGCAAAUGUUUGUGGGUAUUUAAUGUAACUCUUCCUUUUGUUUUUGCCCCUUCACUAACCCUGACUGCUGCUAUUUGCUGAGGUCUGCUAACUCACCAAAGUCCAGUUCACAGCCAUGGAACCUCAGCACGAUUGAGGGACAGAGUGCACCCUUUUAAGAUAGUGGUGGCCUGAAACAUUUUGAGAUUUCUUGAUGGCAUUGUGUGAGGGGUUGGCUACCAGUGAGCUCUGCAUGGUCUGUGGACCUUUGUGAUCGGGAAUGGGUUGUGGUACGAGAUUGGAGUAUUGUAUUUCUGCAUGUUCUUCAGAGUUCUUUAGUGUAGGGGAUUCGGUUUUAAAAUGCAUGCUGUGACACUUACCCUCUUUUCUUUCACAACUAAUGCAGUGGCCAUGACUGUUACAGAAUAAAAGAAGUGGGCUUUCAUCAAGGGAACUGUAAAGUCAGAAAUGCUGUUGAGGACAGAGGUCAUGGGUCAUCUCCCUAGUUACUGCCAAUUGGUGACGAUGACGUCUCGGUCCCCAGUCUUCACAGAAACGGAAGCUAGGGCAAUCCUUGAAACUACCUUGAUGAUAUUCUUUUUCUUUUGGGAUGAUUUUAGCAGUGAUCAUUUUCAAUUGGCAUUCCUUUAUACUCCUGCCUCAACUUUCUGAGUUCAACCAAUUAUGAUGGCCUGGCCUUUCAUAUAGACGGUACUUGACACUGAGUUUCAGGAAACACUUUCGGUGCUGGCAUGAAGAUUUUAAAGGAAUACAGAGUAAUUCCCUAUUUGCUUCCCCCCUCUUUCCUGCAGUAACAAAUGUUGGCGCCAUGAGGGAUAUUUGCAGUUGCCGCCAUUUUUAGAUCAGUCAGUCUGCUAGUGUCAGUCAGUGGCUUCCCCAAAGAUCCCAUGCAGUUCAGUUGGUGGUUGCAUUACAGACUAGUAGGUCCAAGUUUCAGUCACUGCUGUGUUCUGUUGUGCCAACCAGCCUCAGUAAUAGGGAUAAUGAGCUUACCCUCUGAUGCCAUGGUUAGAGGAGCUUCCCACUGCUGCUGUUAUGUAUCCCAUUACAAUGCAGGCAAGGUGAGAACAGAACCAGGGUUAGCAGUGAUAGUUUACUGUCCCUCAAUGGUUCGGUCAUGUGGGGAAAAUGGGCACAGGCUCUUCCAGGAAAAAAAUCAGUCCCUUCAGAAAAUUAGAGACAAGGGGAAAUAAAUUUAACACUACUUUUAAGUCACUUUACCCAUCCCAGGCACUAAUCAGAACAGUUCCAUGAAACAGUAACUCUCCCCCCACCCCCGUCCCCUAGGUUCUGACCACACCAGCCUCCAGCCGUAGUUUUCAGACGAGGCGAACCAUCCCCACCACCCCAGAACACAAGGAGCACCAGCAAUGUUGGUGAAUGACUACCUCUGCAAACAUGAGCAUGAACAAAACAUCCCAGUCAGCAGAAGGGACAAAAGCAGUUGAGAGUCUGUGUACUGGCAGAGAAUUGGCUUGCUUUGUAAUUUAAUUUCUUUUACACCGGAAUUAACAUUUUCAUAUUUUUAAGGAUGUAACAAAUAGUGGGAGUGGAGGAAUUUUAGAAAAGUAGUGGGUUCUUUUCUAUAUAUAUAUUCUAUAUGUAUAUUAUAUAUAUGACAUAUAAAAGGCACUCAGAGAUGGUACUCAGGGCAUUGUUGCAUUUGAGUAUCGAAACCUAAUUUGUUAGUGAUGUCACCUAGCACUUAACUCUGCUGUAAAUAUCAUGUACACAAUAUUUCUUACUGUGGUUGUCCGGCCACAUUCACAUUUACUCCAGUUAUUAAAGCCUUUUUGUUAGCCUGGACAGUCAGUAUGCUGUUCCUUCCUGUAAUAUAAUCCAGUUUUUGCAUUUUUGUAAGGAAAUAGGUACCUUUAUAUCUCAAAGUACUUCAGAUUCAUGUCUUGGGAAGAUGGGCUCAAACCUAAUGGGCAAAGCCUGGGUGAAAGUCUUCCUGAAUUGGCAGCUGUAAAGAAUCUAGAGUCAGUUUGGCUUUUUUUUCCAGGACUUCUGUGGUUUCUGCUGAGCACAAGUGUCUGCUUGUUUGCCUGGCCGUAUUACUGAGGACAGUCAGAGGAUUUUCAGACAAUGGGAAGCUCCAAUCCCAGGGAGGGUGGGGAGCAUGGUCAAUGCCCAACCCUUUAGAGAACACUUUCAGUCUCUUUGAUUCAGGAGCUGUAGGCCCCGUUGAUAUAGCACCCAGAGUCUGAUUGAGUACAUGAUUCAGUAGCGACACAGUAAAAUCUAUUUAUGAGCUCGAGUUCGUCGAAUCCCCAGUGCUGCCCAUUCCUCUGGAAAUUUGACAUUUCUGUUUAAUGUCCGCUGUGCUACUCCUUUUUCAAGAAACAGGAACGGCUCUCUCCUCAAAAUGAGAAGCUAAUAGGUGAGCAUCAACAUGUUGCUCAAUCCCUACCCCCUUUGAAAACAACCCUUUAAAAUUUUUAAUCUGAAAAGGACAGAUGGUGGCAAGAACUCAUCUGGCUACUGUACGUAGUGACAUUGAGAGAUUGCUGAUUUCACCGGAAAUACAAAGGCAUUUGAGAUGUCAUUGCACAUAUUGGCCUGAGGCAUUUCUUCCAUGAAGUCUCUGUCUGGUUCCAGGCGAUUGGAAGUCAUUCAUCCUUUGGUUUUUUGCAAGUGUCGUACUUUAAUAUUAUAAACCAGGACGCCAGGAUAUGUCAAUAGGAUUUUUUUUUGUAGAUAUAUAUUUUGAAGAAUCUUUGUAAUACUAUCUGUGAAGGCUGACAAAAAGGACACUCUGUUUUGAAAAAAUAUGUCCUUCUUGAUCAUUGUUUUGUAUAGGAACAUUACCUCCUUGGCCAAUAGCAAUGGACUGUUUGUUUUAAUUAUUAUUUCCUGUCAUGAUGCUGGGGUGCACAGGCGAAAUGUGACUACCUUUAACUCCCGAUAUGGUGCUCACAUUCUAGCACAGGCUUUGAGCUCACAUAGGCCUGAGCCCUUACCAAGCCUGGACAAGCAGAAUGGGGGUCACUGUGUCGUGGGGACAAGUAGUUUGUCAUUGUAAGCUUUCUCAGUGGGUCGCACUUGUCUGUGAACUGCUUUCUCCAAAAAUUAUUCGCUUCAAAAUUUGUCGAACCAAUGUUGUAAAUUAGCCAGCCCUUUUCACUGCAUAAUAACAGCACACAAAAUUGCAGCAAUUUUUACUUGUGCACUUGUUGAAUUUGCAUGUAUUAAGUUCACUAAUUUCUCCUGGGAAAAAUCAUAAUGUUUGUAUGUUUUGCAACACUGUCAAGAAAACAAGCACCCUUCUGAUCUAACCUCAUCACUUACAAAGUCUUGCUAUUCCCCUUUAUUCCUCUCUCCCUUUCUAAGCUGUGAAUAUGAUGGAGGACAUUGUCUUUGGUUGAUGACCUUUUCUUCCCCUCAUUCUGAUUGGGUUGGGACCUGGACUCAUUAAACAACAUCUGAAUGGAGUGUCCUAAUGUGACAGCUACUGAACCACUUGCAACCCUGACCAUUCUCACUUGAAACCCAAAGCCUCUCUCUGCUACUUGCAGCUAGAGAUUUUAUUGGCUUGACAUUUGCGAGCAGAGUUUGGGAAAGUGUUGCCUUUGGACAAGUGUGAGUUAAACUGUGCCAAGUAAUGUCAGGAUCAGCUGCUUGAUCUACGAAUGGGGGCAUAGCUGUAACCUUGAAGUGUCAUUCCUAGUAAACACCCACCUGGCCCAUGAAUGACAAAAAAACUUUGAUUACUCCUCUCAGAGCCUUCUCUUUCCUAAAACCUUAAAGGACAGAAUUCUGAGAUAACAAGUUGUGGAGCUGGAGGAACACAUCAGGCCAGGCAGCAUCAGAGCAGCAGGAAAGCUGGACAUCUCGGGUCUGGAUCCUUCUUCAUUUUCUGAAGAAGGGUCCUGACCUGAAAUGUCAGCUUUCCUGCUCCUCUGAUGCUGCCUGGUCUGCUGUGUUCCUCCAGCUCCACAACUUGUUAUCUCAGACCCCAGCAUCGACAGUUCCUACUAUCUCUGAGGAUAAAAUUCUUCUGUCCUCAGUUCUUUUCCCCCACAUCCCACAGCCUCUACAACCCAAUCUUCAUUAUGUUUGAUCAUUCUAUAUACAAUGUCUUGUUACUCAUUUCAAGUACAUUGUCUUGCAUGACCCUUUGUCCAUUCACUGUGGCUUUUCCUCAAUUGAUUUUCAACAAGGUGCCUUUGUAAUUAAGCUGUGAGGUCUCUUCGAGCCACACUCAGCUCUGCCAUCAUUGUAACAACAAUCCCAGAAACCCAAUCCCAGUGGCAAAACUAGUAGGAGUUCAGCAUAAGCAACAAAGUGAGACCCACUGUUGUAAGACUUAGCCGAAGAAGUAAAAAUAAAGGCUUUAAGAAACGUUUGUUUUGUUUUGGUAACCGUGAAGGACUUUAACAUGCAGGUACUUAGAAAAACAAGGGUCACUGCUCUUUAAUGGCAAUCCCUAAAUUGUGUAUUCUUGAUGAAGUACAGUACAUUUUUGUUUUUAUUCCUUAAACCAUAGUUUGUCACAUGGUGGAAAGGUAAUUUGAAACAGUAAAGAUGUGUUAAUGUGUGAUGAUAUUGUUUUUAUGUAUAAUAUUUUUUUCUGAACUGUGAGGGGGUUUUAUUAUAUAUCCAUUGCAUAUGUCCAUCAACUUAAUCUUGGUGCCUUCAGUGCCCAGAUCCUUAAACAAAAUAACAAAACAAAGCAAUAAAUAUUUGUUGAUGGUUGUGUCUGUA